GAUGAACACGGGACCUCCGUGAGUUGGAUAGAGAGAGCGAGAGGGAGAGAGAGAGAGAGAGAUAAAAAAGAGCAGGUCCAUCAUCGGUCACGAGAAAGUUUUAGAAUCAGCCAACCUGUCGGGUUUCGACAACGGCAAGAGAAACAGUGUCGAAGGUUCGGAGUUUUUGACGACGACGACGACUCCGGUUUUAGAGUUGAGCUCCAGCUCGAACCCAUCGACGCCGACGGUUCCGGAUCGGCCAAAUCGUCGUCGGAAUCGAUCCGGUGAAACGAAGCGUGGAACGAAACAUAGAACGCGCCUUUCGUUCCACGCGAGCAGUGAGGGAUUCGCGCGCAAGGACGAGUCAACGAGGCGAACUCGCAGGCGAGCGUUAAGAAAAACGACGCGCGGACGCUCAGCCGACAAGUCAAUCCCCCACGAACAUCUGUCACUGUGCGUCGGAUUGCCGCAUCCUCAUCGGUGAGGAUCUCCGAGGGACGCUCCGGCGGUUAGCCUGUCGCGCUGGAGGGUCGACGACGUACGACGAGCGCUGUAGAGUGCUACGCAGCGACGUGGCGACGACGCCAUUUUGUGACUGGUACUGUGCGUUUCUUUCGGCAUCAACGCCGUCGGGCUUACUCAUCGCCGCGCCGUGACCCGUGACACGCGGCGCGUAUCUCUCCGUAUCGUCCUCGAUCAGUGUAAAAAACGGCAGUGGAGCGCUUUUCGAGCCUCCGGAAAUCAUCGUGGUGGAUCGCGCGAGGAACGACGAGACAGAGCGAGAAAGAGAGAGAGAGACAAACAGUGUAUUUGAGAUCAAGAGUGCGUCAUCAGCGGCGUGACUUACCAUCCACGCACAUCCGUCAAUCGCACCGCGCGCGCGAGAGAGAGCGAGAGAGAAAGAAAGAGAGAGAGAGAGAGAGAGGAGAGAGGGAGAGAAAGAGAGAGAAUAUUUUUCGUUCAAUUAUCGUUAUCGAAGUCUUCGCCCUGGGUCACUACCGACCAUGAGACUGGAAAUCGUGUCGGCGGCGGAUUUUCUGGUGCACCUGCUGCGCCUGCAGGCGGGACAGCUGUCGGAACGGCAACUGGAGAUGUUCAAGUCAUCGUUGACGGAGGUGUUGCGCCAUCGUUACCGGGACCACUGGUUCCCCGAUCGACCGAAUCGCGGCUCCGGCUACCGUUGCAUACGCAUCAACGGCAAAAUGGACCCGGUGAUCGCGCAAGCCGGUGCGAACGUCGGCCUGCUGCCGACGGUGCUGCACAGCCUGUUCCCCAGCGAGCUCACCAUGUGGAUCGAUCCGUCGGAGGUGUCGUACAGGAUCGGCGAGAACGGUUCCAUCUGCGUGUUGUACGAGCGUACCGAGGCCGAGAGCGCGGAAGAGAUCUCCCAACAACAGCAGCAGCAACAGCAUCAUCAUCAUUCGCAGCAUCAACAAGCGCCAACCAUGUCGUCGCCGUCGCAGCAUCAGCAACAGCAGCAGCAGCAACAGCAACAGCAGCAGCAGCAACAGCAAUUCGAAACCUGCAAAGACUCUCUGUUGCUGGAGCACACGCAAUUCAGCGAGCAGAUCGCCGCGUACGUCUCCAGCUGAAUCGCUAGGCUCGCCACCGCGCUCGUGAUCCACGCUCUUGAAACGAUCUACUAAAAACGCACGUGCAUCUCGUGAUAUGUGAUAUCCCGUGUGUCGCGUCGGACCCCGAGUUAGGGGUCCGCGCGCUCCAACCUUUUGUGAACUCCAAGCGUGCGUGCGUCUCUCUCCUUUGUGUUUCAUCUUCUUUCUUUCGUGUUCUUUUUUCUUUUCUGUUUUUUGUCCCUAUCCCUUCUCGACGAGAAUCUCGAGUGAAGAAUCGGUCCUCUCCGAUUGUCUCUUUCCUUUUCUUCUCCC